AGUGAAUGCAGGGUUCAGGGAGACCAGAUAUAGUGAAUGCAGGGUCCGGGGAGACCAGAUAUAGUGAAUGCAGGGUCCGGGAGACCAGAUAUAGUGAAUGCAGGGUCCAGGGAGACCAGAAAUAGUGAAUGAAGGGUCCGGGGAGACCGGAUAUAGGGGCCCCAUGAGAUGCUCCUGAUCAGAUAUAGUGAAUGCUGGGUCCGGUGAGACCAGAUAUAGUGAAUGCAGGAUAUAGUAAAUGCAGGGUCCCAUUCUGUGGGAGGGGCCCAGCAGGAG